AUGGCUACCAGACUCGAGAACAACCUUCUAAAGCUGGUCUCCGAAGGCCAGCACGUCGGAGCAGACGAAGUGACCGCCCUUUUCGACCGACUACCGCCGGUAUCUGUGCAGGAGCUCCUAGGAGACUGGCAAGGGCUUGCCAUUCAAACCGGCCACAAAGAUGUCGAGACCCUGGACAGCAUUGGCUGGGUUGGGAAGACAUUCCACUCCGCUGACGAAGUGGACCCGGUCAUUGUUCUCUCUCCAGACGGGAAGCGCGUGGCCAAAGGAGAAUGGGGUUCUGCACGAAUCUACGAGGUCCGCUUCAGAGGAAUUGUCUCAGCCGCCAUGGUCUACGAUCAGUUACCAAUUAUUGACCAUUUUCGGCGUCUCGAGGACAACAUUCUGAUCGGCGUCAUGGACAAGAAGGGGGCAUGCGAGGACUUUGGGAUGGCGUUUAUUUUACGGCGGAUUUGA